AUGUCAGGAGAUGCUGUUCGAAUAGUGGAAGUCGGGCCACGAGAUGGGUUACAAAACAUCAAAGAUGUAGUACCGACGGCGACAAAAAUUGAACUUAUCAACAGACUUGCCCAGACCGGAUUACAGACAAUCGAGGCCACGUCUUUUGUGUCAGCAAGAUGGGUACCUCAAUUGUCAGAUGCGAAGACUGUAAUGGAGAGCAUGAAGUUGUCAGUCGCAAAGGGAGACAUCUCAUUCCCGGUGCUGAUCCCAAACAUUCAAGGACUGGAAGCAGCAUUAGCGCUCGAUGUCAAAGAGAUCGGUAUCUUUCUCUCGGCCACUGAAGGUUUCAGCCGCAACAACAUCAACUGCAGCGUGGAAGAAUCGCUUAUUAGAGCCCAAAGUGUCGUCAAGCGAGCCCGGGAAAAGAAUGUCCGUGUGAGAGGAUAUCUGUCUUGCGUGGUCGACUGUCCAUAUGACGGCAGAACAUCGCCAAUAGUAGUGCUCAAGAUGGCAAAGAAGAUGCUUGAGAUGGGUUGCUUCGAGAUCAGUCUUGGUGACACGACAGGAACAGCAACACCGCAAGACAUUCGUCGACUGCUUGAAGUCCUACUAAGGGAGAUACCAGCCGAUAAACUCGCAGGACACUUCCAUGACUCCUUUGGUCAAGCCAUUGCUAAUGUGAAAGAAGCCUAUCGAUUGGGUAUAAGGGCAUUCGACAGCAGUGUCGGUGGUCUUGGUGGCUGUCCAUAUAGCCCUGGAGCUAAAGGGAAUGUCGCGACAGAGGAUCUCGUAUUUUGCUUCGAGAGCAUGGGCAUUAAUACUGGAGUGGAUCUCGCCAAACUUGCCAACAUUGGUGACUGGAUAUGUCAGCAGCUUCGUGUCCCCAAUAGCAGCCAAAUUGGCUCGGCUCUGGUCGCAAGCAGUAAGUGGGCUGAGGAAGCUAAGGACACUCCCAAACAAACAUCUGCUGUUCCAUCAGAAUGGCGGCACCUAUCGCAUCUGAUAUACUGA